GUGGACCGGGAGGAUUCAGCUUGCCCUUUCACAGGUGCUGGCGCUUGCUGGAAGUCCGAUGUGCCGACUCCGUGGUGGGUUGAUGCUCAGUCGCACACCGAAGGCCCUGCCGAUGACGAGUCGAUCCCACGCAAACUCGAAGGGUGGUGGCGAGUGAUGGAGUUCAGACGGGAUGCUGACACGGAGGCAGGUCAGGACUUGGAUGUAGGCGAGCUCUGCUUCCUGGAGAAGUUGUGGACUGAUCGAGUUCGAAUCUUCAAGGCUGGGCACAAGGGUCCUGCCGGUGAGAUCCCUCUUUCACGCGUAUGCGAUUUGCAGCUGACUUCGAAAGCUGACACGUCCAUUGGAUCCAGGUGGGACCUGCUGCGCGAUGUCGGCGAGGGAGGUGAUGACCCAGACGAUAUCCAGGUGGGUCAGAGGAGGCUGCUUCUCGGUGGAGAGUACGGCAGUCUGAAGCUCAAGGGACUCGAGUGCGAAGUGUUGAACUACGUGGAGUGGCUUGACAGGUGGACAGUUGAGAUUCCUGUCAAAGAUCAAAAGGGGAAGAAUUUGGUCAUUGCUGUCAUCCCGGCCCAGCUGCGCCACCCGAAGCUGCCCCGAGACCCGAAAAGGAAUGCCAAGGUCAAUCUGGGAUUGGCUUUACGUUCACGAGCUUUGGAGUUACACUGGCAGGAGGCAGAUGGCAGCGAAAGCAUGACCGGUGGAAGUCACAGUAGCACCAAAUUCCGCAUGCAGCUUCGCUACGUCAGCCGCGUUAGGCCCGGCGGUCGCAUCUGGACAUCCGGAUCUGAUUCGAUGUACCAGUAUGUUGAGGUUCGCUACGUGGCAUCGGGAGACUACGGCUUGGUGUUCCGGGUCCUGCGAAUGGUUGACUCUUCAAAGGCCACUCAGGAUGAGGAAGAUCCCUACCUGGUGCUGGACGUUCCGCGAGGGUCAGACCGUGCGACAAUCGCGAAAUCCUACCGAAGGCUUGCGAGGCGAUGGCAUCCCGACAAAGUGAAAGAAGAAGAACACGACCAGGCAGUCCUGGAGUUCAGAAGAAUCCAUCAAGCUUACGAGAACCUUGUGGCAGACCCGGAGCGAAGCUCGGACUUGAUGGUCCUCAAGAUGCAGCAUCCUUUGCCGACCAAAAAGAAGCGGAUAACCAUUCCAAUGGCUUUUCAGACCGAGGCAAAGUGCCUCAGUUUGGUCUCUCAGCUGCGGAUUCCCAAUGUUCAGAGGCUCGUUGAGGUCGGACCCGAAAACGAGUUCAUCGUAAGCUGGCCAUACAUCCCCGAAGCGCUGAUUCCGAACAACCAGUGCGACGGAGUGAGCCAGGUGGACAGAGUUGACCUGGUGAGAAACGGAUGGUCUGACUACUCGAGAUCCCGUCACUCAGCGCAGAAAGUCAUUCAGAUGAUGGUGGCGUUGAUCAGGCAUGAUGUAAUGAUCGUGGACCCCAUCCAGAACAUCAUCAUUGAUCGUGAGAGCGGAGAACCGUUGAUGAUCGAUUUUGGGCGAGGCGAAACUGCUGGCUCCAUAUACACGACAAGGAUCAAGACUUUCAUGAAGAAGGUGUUGCAGCUGCUGGCCAGGAGUGUUUCAAAAGCCAGCUACGACGUUGCUGCUCGUUACAUCAGAAGUUUGGAAGACACCCUCUUUCAAUGUCUAGAGCGCUGGCAGGACGAACGGACUCGAGAUCAGAAGAAGGCAUUGGCGGUGGCGGCAUCAAGCAUGAAGUGGCAAGAGGGCAUUGAGUGCUGCCGUGAGAUCUGGCACAGUGACGACGAUAAUCCAUUUCGAAAGAUGUUCAAAGACCACAAGGAUGUUUUGCCUGCCGACCGCGUGCUCCGUGAGGCUUGUCCAGCUGAGGCUGAGUCAGAACCCGGUAGCGAUGAAGAGCAGCAGGAGAAGCAUGAUGAUCCAGAAGGCCUUUGCGAUGCUGACAUCUCGACACUCACGCCAGUUCAGCGGCUGCUGCGUGCCAAACGCAAGAAAGCCCGAAGAACAUCCAAGGCACCAGAGAAGCCGAAUGUUCGAAUCUAUCUGAAGGAGACCCUGCCGGAUGGGACGUUGGGCUUAGGUCUUGACGAUGCCGAUGAAGACCUUGGUGGCCUGAUUGUUGUGUCUGUGGAGCGACAAAGUGAAAAGGUUGGCUGGCACCCAGGUGACCGAAUCGUCGAGCUGAACGGAUUGCAAAUCGACGACUGGGAGGACUUCAAGUCCGCAUGGUCUACGGCCAAGCAGUUCAGCACUACCGGAGUCGUUUUCGGCGUUAUGCGCGAGGGAAUGCCAGCCCUGGACGAGCCGAACACAGAAGCGAGGUGUUGGCACUGCAACGUGAAAGGAGACCACUUGCUUCGCUGUUCGAAUUGGGCUUGGUCCAAGCAGGAAGCUGUCUUUUUCUGUGGCAGGGACUGCCAAAAGCAGGCGUGGCAGGAGGCGAAACGAAAGGCUUGA